AUGGGCGCUAGAUUGGAGAGACCAAGGAUGCAAGAGGACAUGCGGGACAGGAGUUCGGCAGUAGAGGUCAACCAAAUCAAGUUUGUAGCGACAUACCAGCCCCUUUGGAAUAGCGAUAGACGGGAUUUCGAUGCGUAUAGAGAAGAGCUAAACGAAAUGAUUAGAUGUGGCGCAAAAAAGCUAGUACUAGGAGGAGACUUCAACUCCAGUGUAGGGGACACCUCCCAGAGGGAAGAAGAUGACGCGGUAGGACCAUUCGGACUGGGUAGGACCAACGCGGCGGGGAGGGACCUAAUAGAAUGGUUUCACGAACAGGGGUUAACCUGGACUAGCUCCUUCUUUAGGCACAACAGAAAGGGAACCUGGAAGUGCCCAGGAAGAAGAACAUGGCACGAAAUUGACGGAUUCAUGGUGAAGAAAAAAGACCGGAGCAGGGUAGUGAAGAGUAAAAACACGGUAAUAGCGGGUACAUCUCUAUCGGACCACAGGCCGAAAUGCAUGGAGGUCUGGAGAAGGAAGGGGGCGAAGGCCAAUAGGCAAAAUGAGACUCAAAGGAAAAUAAACUGGGAAGCUCUUCGAGAUGGAUCAAUCCGGCAAGCAUUCGCAUCGACAGUAGACGGUCAAAGAGAGCAACAGGGUACGGGUGAGGAAAGUGAACGCCUAAUCAACUUGAUUAAUGAAGCGGGUACAGAAGUGUGCGGAUUUAAAGAAAAGAAAGCACUGAGUCCAUGGCUGGAUACGCAUUUAGAAGAAAUACAGGGGUUCAAACGGAGGAUCGCGGCACUUACGAAGAGUUUUGAACGAACACGAACGGAAAACUUUAAAAUACAAAGGCAGGAGGUCAGGAAAGAGUACAAGAAGGCUCAAAGAAGAUGGGAAGAAGAGUGGUGGCUUAAACUGGUAGACGAAACAAAGGACGCCGAAGUGAAAGGGGAUAUAGGACGCAUGUACAAGACACUAAGGUACUUAGGGGGGAAAGACCUCCAGAACAUAGAAGAAGAAUUUUUCUCGCCAGAAGAGUUCAGACGACACUUCAUGAAAGUCUCGGAAGACAGAUACGAGCGGGACGUCAUAGAGAUAAUGAGAACGGCAUCGUCAACAGAAAUUAAGGACUCUCCAGAGGCACAGGCAGCAGCGGAAGAGAUAGAAGAAGCAAUAACCUUCGUGGAAUUCGAACGAGAACUGGCGAACAUGAAAGACGGAGCGGCAGGAGUAGACAAUGUAAGUGUUAGCGCAGUGAAAGCCUUAAGUAUAGACACCCGGAAAGAACUAUACCAAUGCAUGAUGGAACAAUUAGCCACACCGGUUGAGAACUGGGCCGACAAAGCUAAGGAAGGAUGGGUCAUACCCCUACAUAAGAAAGGAGCUAGAAAUGAACUAGACAACUACAGGGGUGUGUGCCUACUCCCGGUGUUGAGCAGGAUAAUGGCAAGGAUACUAGCGAGUAGGAUUAGAAAAUGGGCGGAGAAGAUAGAGGCAUGUGGUGAGAAUCAAAAUGGUUUCAGAGAAGGACGAUCGACGUGUGACGCAACGCAAAUCAUACUGAGAAUAGAUGAGGAAACAAGGAGGGUAUUUGGGAAGGCGGAGACGACCGGGAACAGACCGGGAGCUGUACUGUUAGAUAUAACAAAAGCAUACCCCCGAGUCAACAGGCCCUUAUUGUGGAUGGUUUUGGAAAACUUAGGAAUGACAGAUGGUGUGAUAGAGGUCUUGAAAAACCUACAUGAAGGAAUGAAAUACAAAGUUAAGUGUCGAGGGGAACUAAGCGAGGAAUGGUUACCGGUACAAGGUUUACGGGAGGGUUGCGCUACAUCUCCGAUACUUUUCAAUGUGUAUCACGCACAGGCGAUGCGGUUAGCUGCCAAAAAACGAAGAGAAAAAGCGGCGGAGAUAGGCGAAGAGUGCGGUUUAGAAUGGUCGUGGGGACCAGGUAAUUGUCUCCCUCCAAUAGAAGUAAAGAGGGCCUUAAGGAGCAGCACCCAGGAAGUCUUUCGAUUAGAAGAGUCCCUUUUCGCAGACGACUCAAAUCUCCUGGGCUGGACGGAAGAAUUAGCGGUCGGCAAAGAAACGGUCAAGGCGGAAUUGAUGAAGUUCGAGGAAAAAUGUCACAACGGAAAAGAGGAAUACAUAGCUUUUGGAAGCGAGACAGCGAAUUGUACGAGGAUGUUAGGGACGCUAAUAGGGAGGAAGCAGGACAGGGCAGCGAGGAUUAAAAGGGGAUACUGGGCGUGGUCAAAAGUAAGAAGAUGGUUGUGGAAAGCAAAGGUAAGUAAACGAACGAAGGCAAUUAUUGUACAGGCAGUGGUCGAAUCAACAAUGCUCUUUGACUGCAGUGCAAGAGCAUGGACAGUGACUGAUAUGGCGAAGAUGCAGAGCAUGGCGGAUAAAUGCUACCGGUGGAUAUGGAAUGAGGGGAGAGGUUUAACACUCUUGCGAAUGGAAAGAGAGGGGGUCAAUAGUUUCGAGAUACGCAGGGUUCUGGGGAUAACAUCUAUCAGAACAAAAAUAGAGACGCGGGCGUUGGAAAGGAUGGGCCACGUCCUUCGGAUGAGCAAGAACAGGACAACUAAAAAAGUGAUACUAGGGCACUGGACAAACGAGCGAACACAACAUGGUAGGUUAAAUGGAGGCGUGGAUAAUUACUGGAGGCGACUCAUAAGGGAAGCGGGAGAGGACUGGACGAUUAUAGAAAAUUUAACACAGGACCGUAAAAAAAGGAAGGCGACAGUGAAAAGGAGAAAAGAAGCGCUAGAGAAAUGGAAGAGUGAAAUGUGCAGAUACAGGGGAGGGGAGAAACCUAGAAGGAGCCGAGCGAGGUAUCAGGGAGAAAACUUAACAUGCAGGUGGGAGGUAUGCGGACGAAUUUGUAAAACGAAAGGAGGUCUAGUGGAGCAUGAACGACGAGUUCACAGGAUACAGGAGAUGGUGUUUAAAUGCGAUAGAUGCAACAGAACUUUCGCGGAGAAGCACAACUUAACAAACCACAGCAAGAGCUGUAAGGGGGACCAGAUGGGUAGGUGUCUGGACCGCGCGGUGACGGUAACAAGGGGUAAUAUGGCGAGUCAUAGGAGGAGUUGCGGAGGAGGGAGUGGAACGGUAGGGAACACGGCAGCAAGGGAGAAGGGAGGUAACAGGUACACGGGGACCAGGGGGAGGAAAGAGUGUGGAUCCUGCGGAGCCUGGAUCACUGCUAAUAACCUAGCCAGACAUGAGAGGAAGUGCCAGAAAUAA